GCAGCAGAAUCACAUCCUUCAGUUUACAGGAAGUCAACGAAGAAGAAAUACUCACUUCCGGUUUCCACAUGUCGGCGUAAAUAAAUCCCGAUGAAAAUCAAACGUUAUGGAUUGAAUGCCGUUUGUAAGUCACCAUGGAUGAAGAACACACGGCGGGAUACAGGGAGCCCUGCGCACAGUGUGCGGAGGUGAACUGGGGCAUCUCAGAUGAGGGUCGGUUCUACUGCAGGUCCUGCCACAACGUCAUUGAGAGAACCAGAGAGGCGGAGGUCCUGACCUUCCAGCAGGGGACCAGUAGAGUCACGACCAUCAAGAAAGGUCCGAGAACCAAGAAGGAAGGGACCGGCUACACCUGGACCGUCUGCGAGGGUUUCCAGUUCAUCCUGACGAUGCAGGCCGACGCUCUGCUCAGACUGGGACUCAGUCCCCGUUUUAAGGACGAGGUUCUGUGUCAGCUGUGGAGACUGUUCCUGCAGAAGAGCCAGCAGGCGUACUGCCAGAACCAGGCCACCAACUUCAAGUUUGGACCGGGCAUGGAGUCGGAUUCAGACAGCGCCGCUGAGUCCAUCACCUGGACUACUGACGGAGAGUCGAACCCGCCCAGCACCGCCGGUUCUGAUGCAGAGAUCUUCAGUGAUUGGACGAGCUCGGAGGGCUUCACCGACCCGGUGGCUCCGCGGAGGAGGUGCCGCAACCCGAUGAGCAUGAGGAAGACUCUGGCCCUGAUCCACCUGGCUCUGAUGUGGAGCCACGAGGAGCUGACGCUCAGCGACCUGCUCAGGCUGGUGAAGGAGGGGUUUGUUCCGUAUGUGAACGCCUUCGAACAUCUUCCUGAAGAGAUGAAGCUGUUUGGAUCAGAAGCUCUGAUCUUCAGCACUGAGUCCAUCCCGUCCUACAGCUCGGUCCAUAAGGAGGCCCAGGACCUGGUUCUGUUCCUGGAUCUUCCUGCUCCUCCUCCAGUCAGCCCACAGUCCCUGCUGCACCCGACCCGGCUCAGCCUGCGCUACCUGAUGGACGCCAACCUCCCCGACGACCUGCACAGGUGGGUCUGCCAGCUGCUGGAGCGAGUGGGCGUGGCCGACAAGACGUCGCGUCCUGUCCUGCCGCGGUACGACCUGCAGACCGCCGCCGCCAUCAUCGUCACCAUGAAGCUGAUGGUCGGCCUGAACGACCGCACCGAGUGGGAUUUAUCAAACGCAGUGGGACAUCAGGACUCCUCAGAGGACCUGUUCAGCUUCAGGAGGUGGUUCAGACUGGUCCAGACCGCUCUGAGCCGGGCUCAGCAGAACCGGGACCAGGACCUCAGCAGGAAACAGUGGAAACCAAAGAAUCCCAUCAUCGUCAGCAGGAAGGAUAAGAGUCGGUCCCUGAAGAGGAAACGCGAUGUUCGGCUCGCCGCCGUUUCCUGGAGCUGCAGCCGACGCUGCCGCGCUCCUUCGGCUGGCUGCUGCUCCUCUUCUCCUUCCUGCUGGACGUGGAGCCGUGGAGUUUGUUCAAGGAGGUGCUGAAGGUGGAGAGCCAGCUGCUGGACUCGCCUCCGGACAGAACGCACUCCGGGAGGAGGGAGGGGUCGACCAAAAGGCCGAAGAAGUGAAGAGGACCUGUGUGGAGCUUUACUGACCUGAACAGCUGAUCUGUAAUAAAUAUAAUCCGCUCUGAGUCAAACAUGAAGCUGUUUUAACGUUUAGAGAAGCUUAAAAAGAAAAGCUACAUUUAGCUUCCAGCUGAUGAAGGACGUGAGCAGGAAAAUAAAUCAGAUUUAUUUAUUUUUAAUAAAACAGCCGCAGGUUUCUGUGGUUCUGUUGAUGUUUUUAUCUGAAGACAAAGGCAGCUGCAGCGACGCGCAGCGACCAGCAGGGGGCGGUGCUCAGCAGGAAACCGUUUGUUGUUGUUUGUCUGUAAACAAACUCUUCAUGGUUUCUGCUGCUGUCAGAUUUAUCCUCCAACAAGCUGAAACCAGAGGUUCCUCCUGUCAGAAAAUCUGAUUUGUUCUGGUUCUGUUGGUCCUGCAGAUAAAAACAGAACCUGUUUCUGACGUCGGCCUCCACCCGGGUGUUUAGGCUCUGCUGUUGCCAUGGAGACGCGACAGAGUGCAGCCUCUGGACCGGUUUCUAACUUUCAGCUCAGGUUCUGGUGACCCGCAAGAACCGGACCCAAAAGCACAGUCGAAAGUGAAAAAUAAAAAGUGAAGCCGAGAGGAGAAACGGAUCAGCUGUGAAGCACGGCGGAGGUUCUGUCUGACUUUGGUCUGGAAACGAUCCGAUCUCUGCCAGGACCAGAACCAGGACCAGAACCUUGUUAAAGCAGCUGAAGGUUCUGGUUCUGAAGGGAAAAACCCUGGAAACUGAUUUUUUUAUUUAGUUUUUUUUACAUUCCUGCUCAGACGAGUGGAAAACAAAACAUGACAGUUUCCUGAUUCAGAACCGGGUCGUGGUUCUGCUGCUGCUGAGUCCAGAGUUCUGUGUGCGGAGAGUUCAAGGCUUCGGAACCGUUUGGGUCGGGUCAGACCUGUGGGAAAAAGAGCUGCUGAAACCUUACAUUUAUUUUAAACAAAUACUGUUAACUGAAUCCUGAGUUCAGGUUUGUUUUCUGUUUAUAAACAUUUAAAACAAAAGUUUUUCUUCCUGCUGAAGAUUUAACCUGAAAAAACUUUUAUUUGUCUCGUUUCUACCUGAUGAUGCUUGUUUUUUCAUAAAUGUUUUUAAUUAUUGAUCAAAUUCA